ACGAUCUGGUUUUUUGUUUUCUUUCUACUCUGUUUUCAACUGGGGACACUAUGUUUUUUUUUCUUCUUCUUGUUUGGAUCAUAUAAAUCUGAUUUUUUCCCGGAAAAUACCGUUGAGAACUUCUCCGGCGUGAGCUGACCAGGAGAAAUCUGUUCUUGUGUUUAGUUCAAUUCUCGGCUGAGGAACGUUGACUGUUGACUGAUAGAGCAACUUCAGUGUGUUGAGACCAAACAUAAAGCUUCAGGUCUCUGUUUUUCUUUUAAACACUUUUGUCUGAGAUCUCAUUAUUUUUGUACUUUUGCUUCUAACCUCCUUGUGUUGUUUUUUUUUCCUGUUCAAACUAUUAUGAUGUACAAUUUGAGAAUUUUCAGUGUAACAGAACAAAAGAUUCCAUCUUUAUACUUCUUCCAACUCUGUAGCUAACUGUGAAAAAGUAGAAGCCUUUACAAAAAUUAAGUCUCAGCGUUAUAUCAUUACCACAUUUGUUGAGAUUACUUGAAAUUCGAAAUCAAGUUUCUAUAUUUAUGAAGCUAUGUGGUUGGAUGAUGAACUCUCUUUUAAAGUUUUGGCUUGCUUGUAAUUGCAGUUAAGGAUAGGAUUUGAGAAUGGAAACAAGCGACAGAAUUAGCCCUGGUGGUGGUAUAGGAGCAGAAGUUCCAUCAGCGUAUCAUAUGGCUCCGAGACCUUCAGAUAGCCCUGCUAACCAGUUUAUGGGGUUGUCUCUCCCUCCCAUGGAAGCCCCAAUGCCUUCUUCAGGGGAAGCCUCAGGGAAGAAGAGGAGAGGCAGACCUCGUAAAUAUGAAGCUAAUGGUGCUCCUUUGCCUUCUUCAUCAGUUCCUCUUGUGAAGAAACGAGUAAGAGGCAAGCUCAAUGGUUUUGAUAUGAAGAAGAUGCAUAAGACCAUUGGGUUCCAUUCUUCUGGUGAAAGGUUUGGUGUUGGUGGUGGUGUUGGUGGUGGUGUUGGAUCAAAUUUCACGCCGCAUGUAAUCACAGUGAACACUGGUGAGGAUAUUACUAUGAGAAUCAUCUCCUUUUCACAACAAGGACCACGAGCUAUUUGUAUCUUAUCAGCAAAUGGAGUGAUAUCAAACGUUACUCUUCGCCAACCCGAUUCUUGCGGUGGUACUCUCACCUACGAGGGUCGGUUUGAGAUACUGUCUCUGUCUGGUUCAUUCAUGGAAACAGAGAAUCAAGGUUCAAAAGGUCGGUCUGGUGGCAUGAGUGUAUCUUUGGCCGGUCCUGAUGGUCGUGUUGUCGGUGGCGGUGUCGCUGGCCUGCUCAUUGCCGCCACUCCUAUUCAGGUUGUUGUUGGCAGUUUUAUAACGAGUGAUCAACAAGAUCAUCAGAAACCGAGGAAGCAAAGAGUCGAGCAUGCCCCUGCAGCAGUCAUGUCAGUGCCUCCUCCUCCUUCUCCUCCUCCUCCGGCGGCUUCUGUUUUCUCACCGACAAACCCGGACAGAGAGCAGCCGCCAUCUUCAUUCGGUAUCUCCAGCUGGACCAACGGACAGGACAUGCCGAGAAACUCAGCCACUGACAUCAACAUAUCUUUACCAGUCGACUGAGUUUGAGUUUCCAGAUGGAAGAUUAGGUUUCAGAUUAACUCUCUACUGUCUGUACAAUGGUUAGGAGGAUUGUUGAAGCUGAAUGUUACUGUACGCUUUUCUUUAUUUUAGAACACAACUUGAGCUUCUUCUACUUUUAGGGUAACUUUCUCUGAUGACUUGCCUCUUGUUACUUACUAUAUUGCUAGUACUGAGGUUUAAUCCUUUUAAUGGCGGAUUAAUCUGUGUUGUUCCCUUUUAGUUGUUUUCUUUAUUGAUAUUUUACACUAUUUAGUAUACAUAAGUUAUG